AUGCCUCCACGACUGCCUUCGGCUGCUCCCCUCUCGCGCCUCGCGCCGAAGAAGCCAUUGGACCUCUUCUUCUGCCCCGCCUGCUCGAUAUGGCGGCUCUCCUACCCCACGCGACCCGCACCCGCCAAACCACUGCGCAUCCCCGAACUGCGCCGCCUCAGCCCUCGAGCGCGGCGCAAAGCCUCCAGCCUAGCUUCCUCAACAGCAAUCAAUGCGCCUGUAGAAGUUUUGCCAAGGUACAGGGAGGUGUACAGUGCGCUUGAAAGACUGAAGACGGAUGCGGGGAGCUAUGUCAACCUUAGCCGGAUCCAAUUGGCGCUACGAGGGUUGGAGGGCCAUGAUGCUGUGGUUAGGGUCGCUGUGCUUAGCUUAGGCGAGCAGAAGGCAGCGAGGAAGCUGGUGCGGCUGCUGCUGGCGGAUCCGCUGGGCGAGAAGGAGAGGUGGGAGCAGCUGCUGGAGGAGUCGGGGGUAGAGGAUGAGAGGGGGUUGCUUGUGCGAUAUGGCGAGGAAGGCGAACCGCAGUCCCAAAACCUGCUGCUGCGGACACUUUCUGUUCCCUCAAGGGUCCUGCGGAGGAACAACCUUGAGAUCCUCAUCUCGACGCUGAACCUCAAUGUUGCGGGGCCAGGUAGACCACCCAACAUCGAUCGCCCGAAGGACGCGAUACUGGUUCCAACACUUCAGACGCCGACAUCGUUUUCCGGACGGAUGACACCAGUCACACAUCCCGUGCAUCGGGCGUUACUCCUUGGGAGCGGGUUGCAAGAUGCAGUAGAAUACGGACGGUAUACGGCCGGAGAGGUGGACUCAGACACAGAUGCAGACACGGUGAAGCUGGCCAUCAGCAUGCCUGCACCGGAAACGGAGCCACAUCAGAGCGCGUCAGAUAGCUUUGCGAUUGUGGAUCCGCAAUUAGCAAGCAAGAGCUUGGAUACGUUCCGAACAUCCAUCGCUGAGUCCGUUGCGUACGAGCACGGCUGGUUCCGCAGCGGUAUGCCGGCAAUCUCGGAGUGGCUGGAGCAGGAUGCGAAGACACCCGAGGGUGCUAUGAAGCCUGCCGUGAAGAGUCUCAUCGUAUCACUUCUCGACGAUGCCGAGGCCAACCUGAUGGCCGAGGACGCCCAGCGCCUCGCGGAGCUCGUAGGAUCAUCUGUGCCGGAGCAUUCGAAGCAAGCCAUUCUUGACUCGCUAAAGAUAUGGGCAGAGAACGCCCACACGGAGCUCCGCGACCAGCUCGACAUCGCCUUCGCAGGGAAGCACUGGCGCAAAAUAACAUGGUGGAAGCUCUUCUGGCGCGUCGACGACGUCGCCAUGAUCAUGACCGACGUGCUCGAGCGGCGCUGGUUACAAGGCGCAGAGCGCGGAAUCAUCUACGUCGCCGGCCGCCUCGACGAAGCCACCUCCCCCAGAUCCGCUCCAGCCUUCUCCACGCCAGCAGCAGCACCUCAUGCAGAGCAGCCAGAAGUCCAGCAAGCACGGUUCGGCAUGCUGCCUCCGCCCCCAACAGCCGCGGAGCUGGCGGCCGAAGACCAAAAGCUCGAAGACGACAUCGAUGCGCCGACUAUGAUACCCCACCCGAACCCCUGGCCGCAAUAUAUCCCCCUAGCACGCGCAACCCUCUCCGCCACCAGCGUCCCAACCCUGCAAGCCCUGGCCCAAAAACUCGUCCUCCAGACCCUCAGCACCGUCAGCCUGACAUCUGCGCUCUCGGCCCUCAUGUUCGUUUCCAUUUCCACGACCUCGGCGUUCGAGGCUGGUGGCAUUGCCGCGCUGGGACUUGUGUGGAGCCUAAGGAGGAUGCAGAGGCGCUGGGAGGAUGCGCGCAACGGGUGGGAGGAGGAGGUUAGGGAGGAGGGGAGGCGGACGCUGAAGAGUACGGAGGAGAGGAUGAGGGGCCGGGUGGAGGAGGUGGGGAGGGUGGUGGGGGAUGUUGAGGGGGCGGAGGAGAGGAGGGCGGCGAGGGGGGCGGUGGAGAGGGUUAGGGAUGCGCUUGAGAGAACGGGAAGUUAG